AUGGAAUGGUUAGAAAGUCAUGACCUUGCCCUUUAUGGAGAAGUGCUAGUGUUUGAGCCAUUCAAAUAUCCUAAACGCAGCAAGGAACGAAGUGAAAUUUGGGGGCGAAUAGCUGUUAAUCUGAACAGUCCGAGAAGUCAAAAAUUUACAGUGUCGAAAAGAUCUCUUGAUGCAGCACUAGAAGAAAUAGCUGAAAAGGAAAGGGCUGCUGACCUGGAGAGAAAGGACAAGACUAGUGCUGUUAACAAGAAAAAUAAGAGUGAGAAGACAAGUGCAGAAGAGGUUAGGCUGCAAGCCAUGGAACGUCUUAGUAAGACACAGAAAAGAAAUGCAGAUUUAGGAGAAGAAAAGUCUAGUAAAUACAGGAAGAGAAGUUCAGAUGCUGUUGAAUACCUGAAGGAAAAGUUUCAAGAAGAGAAGGAGCUAAGGAAGGAGGAAAUUGAGUUGAAGAGGAAAGAGCAGCAAAUGAUGCUGGAUCAGCGAUUCAAACACACAAACAGCAGUUGGAAAUGA